CUCCCUUCCUACUUGGUCGAUUAUCGUUGCUCCGUUCCUGCGAUGGGCAGUCGAAGUCUCUCUCCAUCAUCUUUGCUCACAACGGAAUCGAUCGAACCCUCGACUCCGUCAUUCCCUUGAGCAGAGCACCGCGCUCGAUGGGAGACCGCUACACCCAAUCUCCGAUAUCGCCGCGGAUUUUCGAAUAUUGUACUUCUCAAUCAUCAGUCGCAUUAGCACACAUCACACAUUGUCAACGCCGUCUGUAGACCUUGACCAUUACUCCGGGGAAUCUAGAGUCCAUAUAGAUGUCGUCAGUUGAAGCGUUGCUUUCCCCGGUAGACGCAAAGGUCCCCGGCGACAUGGGCAGCAGAAGUCAGAGCACGCCCGCGGUGGUGCCCGGUGCGACGGUUUCGACCGAGAAGAAGAGCGACUAUAAGGGGUUUGUAGCGGGUGUGUUUUCUGGAAUUGCAAAGUUGAGUGUUGGGCAUCCUUUCGAUACGGUAAAGGUGCGAUUACAGACGAGCAAAGAAGGGCAUUUCAAGGGGCCGUUGGACUGUGUACUACAGACGGUACGGAAGGAGGGUGUGAGUGGGCUGUACAAGGGAGCUACGCCGCCGCUGGUCGGUUGGAUGGUUAUGGACUCUGUCAUGCUCGGUUCCCUGACGUUGUACCGACGACUACUGCUCGAAAAUGUCUUUUCGAAACCCGCUAUUCGGUCUCUCACGCCGUUUGCGAGCUAUCAAGCUGAUCCCAAAACACUCCCCAGCUUCGGACAUGGGAUAGCCGGUAUCUUGGCCGGUACGACCGUCAGUUUCGUAGCGGCUCCAGUGGAGCACAUCAAGGCGCGGCUGCAGAUUCAGUAUGCGGCGGAUAAGUCGAAGCGAAUGUACAGCGGGCCAAUCGAUUGUUUAAAAAAGCUUCUGCGCACUCACGGUAUCGCAGGGUUAUACCGCGGCCUCUGCGCGACAAUCCUCUUCCGAUCCAAUGUCGGCGCCAGUAAUCAAUUUCUGGGCCGGGGUAUGUCGGCACAGAUCUUCUGGUUGACCUCGUACCCGUCCGAUGUGGUCAAGCAGCGAUUGAUGACAGACCCAAUGGGCGGAGCGCUGGGUGAUGGGGAGAGAAAGUUCCGCCGGUGGAAAGAUGCCGCCAGAGCGGUUUAUCAUGAGCGAGGGUGGAGAGGUUACUGGAGGGGUUUUGUGCCCUGUUUCUUACGAGCAUUCCCGGCGAAUGCGAUGGCCCUGGUUGCAUUUGAGGGCGUGAUGCGGUCGCUGCCUUGUGGGUUCAGAGAUCGACUAUUCGACCAUUCGAGGGAGAUUGAGCUGCGGUUCUGCAAAGUCGGUCCGCGUAUUCUUUUCCGGCCACAGCGCAGUGAGGUCAGGGCGGCAGACACAGGCCAGACCAUCGCUUCAUCUUCUCAUCAUCGCCAGCUCACGUCUCUCGUCGACUUCCCCUGCACGAUUACCUCGAAAUUCACCUAUUCACCGUCAAUCCCGCUAUGUCGGGGCGCAGGUCGAGAAUUGACUUCAUUACUGGCUAAGCAUUAUCUCCCUGUGCCCACAUCUCCGCCGGUCCAGAUCUUUCGACUUGUCCUCAUCGAACAUCUCCAAUUUCCACGAGCCAGCUCGUGUCCUCGUCACCAACUCCAACCCUACCGAUUCCUGCUUCCGCUCGCUCGUUACCACCGGUCGACACGGCCAGAAAUGGCCGUCGCCCGCACAAUGCGACGCACGAAUCCAAUCACUCUCCUUCUUGCGGCCAUACUGGCCGCAGGCUCCGGCUCCUCCUCAUCCUCUUCUUCCUCCCAGCAACGCCGCGAAGACGACGCCGCCGAAAAUCCCCUCUCGCCUCCGACGAAACCCUUCUUCAAAUCCCAGCCCGUCCGCCACGAUGGCCAACAGGCCCCUCCCCCGGUCGUGCAGUACGACUUGAACCAGCUCACCAGCACCAGCACCUCCGCCGCCAACGGCGAACGAAUCCUGAUCCUCACACCGAUGGCCCGCUUCGUGCCAGAAUACUGGGACAACGUGGUGAAGCUGACCUACCCGCACGAGCUCAUCUCGAUUGGGUUCAUCAUUCCCAAGAACAAAGAGGGCAAUGCGGCCCUAGCCGCACUAGAAGCCGCCAUCGCAAAGACGCAGUCCGGCCCCAUCGACAAGCGGUUCGCGAGCAUCUCCAUCCUCCGCCAGGACUUCGAGCCGCCCCUGCAGUCGCAGGACGAGAAGGAGCGGCACAAGAUGUCGAACCAGAAGGCGCGCCGCGAGUCGAUGAGCCGCGCUCGCAACAGCCUUCUGUUUACGACGCUCGGACCCGCCACGGCUUGGGUGCUCUGGCUCGAUGCGGAUAUCGUCGAGACGCCGCCGACGCUGAUCCAGGACCUCACCGCGCACGAUUACCCCGUCCUCGUGCCCAAUUGCUACCAACGGUACUACAACUCGGAGAAGAAGAAGAUGGAUGUCCGGCCGUACGACUACAACUCGUGGAUCGAUAGUAGUACGGCGCAGAGCAUGGCGGCGGAGAUGGGGCCCGAUGAGAUCCUCCUCGAGGGCUACGCUGAGAUGCCGACCUACCGCACCCUGAUGGCUUAUCUGGCUGAUACGGCCAACCCGAACCCUAAGAAGGUCAUUGAGCUGGAUGGUGUGGGCGGCACGGCGCUCAUGGUCAAGGCGGAGGUGCACCGUGACGGCGCGAUGUUCCCUGCUUUCCCCUUCUACCACCUUGUCGAAACGGAGGGUUUCGCCAAGAUGGCGAAGCGCCUGGGGUACUCCAUUUAUGGGCUGCCGGAUUAUUUUGUAUACCACCAAAACGAGUGAUGUGGUUGGAGGAAACGAUGUUUUUCAUAGACUUUUUUUUUGUCUUUUUCGGUGCAUCGACGCAAUAUGCAUUACAUUGGGCGCGCUGUGCGCAACUUUGUCACUAUUUAGAAUAAAAUCUUUCAGAUCUCAUGUGGUGGAUGGAGUUUUGGCGCCAGCAUUGUGGCAUGCGGAGUCCGCACAUCCUUUACAUUGGUUAUCUAGAUGCACGGAGCUAGAUCAUUUGCAAGCAAUUUUAUUAUCUGCCGGGUAUUUAUCGACAGC